AUGGGAUUUGCCCAAUGUUCUUGGCCAUUGUGGAGGGUCGAUGACCUCACCUUGUGUUUUCAGCAAGACUACCUCAAAGUUCUUUUUCCUUUGGCCGUCAUUGUAGUAUCCUUUAUCCGUCUGGUCUGGUCCAACGCUAGUCGCUUGCUUUUCUCUGGCCAUCCCAGAGGGUACACACCCGUCAGAACCGACCAUACCGCCCUGCCCCCUGAUGCCGCCGUGGACGACGAUGGCCAGGACAGCGAGGCUGACGCAGACCUCGAGAUCCACGACGGCCGACUAGCCCUGGCCAAGACCAUCAGUAGAGGAUCUGUAGUCGAAGCUGAUGCGCCCCUUGGACAGCGAGCCUGCCAGGUUGUUGAAGAGCUCGCCAUCAUCGGGCUGGUUGCCAUCAAUGUAGUUGCCUUGAUCAAGGGCGCAUAUGGUCCUGCUGGACGAUUUGCAGCCAUCGCCGGCAUUGUCACUUGGAUCUACGCUCUCGUCCUGGCUUCCCUGCGGCUGCUCCUUGGCGGUACGAAAUGGCGAAUCCCCCAUCUCUGGAACCACACCGCCAGCAUCUACGGUUCGAGCUGGGUCUUCCAACUCGUCGUUUUCCGCUCUGCCCUCAUCCACCCCAGCUCAAAGCUGGUGCAAGCUCUAAGCUGUAGCGAGUUUGGACUGGUUUCCUUGCUUUUUGCGCUCGCUGCCACCAUGAGAAAGGGAAACAAGACUGUCUUGAUGGAGUGGGAGGAUGGAAUCGAGCCUUCAAAAGAGCCACUGGCCAGCCUCUUCUCCUUGGCCACGUUCUCCUGGGUCGACGCCAUUGUGUACAAGGGCUGGAAAAAAACGAUCGAGAUCAACGACGUCUGGAAUUUGCUGCCCAAAGACAAAGCCGCCGCCGUCAUUGCCGAUUACCGCCAACUGAGGAGGACUGGCAGUCUCGCCUGGCACAUGCUCAAAACCUUUAAGCGCAUGCUGCUUUUUCAGUGCUUCAUGGCCUUCGUUUCUGGUCUGUUCACCUUUGCCCCAACCCUCCUCUUGAAGGCUAUUCUCGAAUACGUCGAGCAACCCGACCGUGCACCCAUCAACGUCCUCUGGCUAUAUGUUAUUGGCCUCCCGGUCCUCGACACUAUUCGAUCUUAUGCCGACAACGCGGCUCUGUGGACUGGGCGGAGGAUCUGCAUCAGAAUCCGCGCCAUCAUCAUCGGUGACAUCUAUGCCAAGGCCCUUCGGCGGAAGGCUGCAGCCGGCAAGGACAAGGUUCUCUUGGAUGGCAAAGCCGCCAAAGCCAAGCACGGCGAAGAAUCCGGCAACGAGAACACGCUUGCCAAGAAAUUAAGGGGCGCUUUGGGCCUGAGGAAGCGCAACAAGAACCAAAGCGCCGGGUCCAGUGAUGCUGAGUCGGCUAGCGGCGCCAAUGACGACAACAACAACAAGCCUGCCGUCGAGGACGACCAGGCCAACCUGGGGACCAUCAUCAACCUCAUGUCUGUCGACAGCUUCAAAGUCUCGGAGGUUACGGCAUACCUGCACUUCCUUUGCGCGUCUGCCCCCAUGCAGCUUGUGGUUUCCGUCGUCCUGCUGUGGCAGGUUAUGGGGUUGAGCGCCAUCCCAGGUCUGGUCGUCAUGGUCUUCUUGCUUCCCGUAAACUAUUUCCUUGCCAAAGGAUUCAACAUCACCUCCAAGAACAUCAUGGCCGCCACUGACAAGCGAAUCAAUGUCACCAACGAAGUCCUUCAAAACAUUCGAAUCAUCAAGUAUUUUGCAUGGGAGGAACGCUUUGGGCGCAUCAUUGAUGAGAAGCGAGAAGCCGAGCUCAAGGCCCUGCGGUCACGGUUCACCCUCUGGGCUUGCGCAGUGGCCAUCUGGAACUCUGUCCCGGUCCUCAUCACCUUCUUCUCGUUCCUCGUAUACACGCUCAUCGAAAAAAAGCCGCUUUACCCUUCCAUCGCCUUCACAGCCAUCUCCCUCUUUAUGCUUCUCAGAGUUCCUCUUGACCAACUCGGUGACAUGUUUGCCCACGUCCAGGAAGCCAAGGUCUCCAUCGACCGCGUGGAAGAAUUCUUGAACGAGGCCGAAACCGAAAAGUACGAGCAGCUAGGAGAGGACAACGUCGACGAGUGUGGUGUGAAGCGCAUUGGGUUCAAGGACGCGACCCUGAUUUGGGGCGGCAGGGACACUGUCGCCGAAGAUGGGUCGAGGGCUUUCCGGCUUCUGGAUUUGAAUGUUGACUUCCAGAUCGGAAAGCUAAACAUCAUUGCAGGCAGCACUGGAAGCGGCAAAUCAUCCAUGCUAAUGGGCCUUUUGGGUGAAAUGACGCUCAUGAAUGGUAGGGUGCAUUGCCCCGGCGGUCGCAGCCGAGAAGACGUCAGGCCUGAUCCGGAAACGGGACUGGCCGACACCAUCGCCUACGUUGCGCAGUCUGCCUGGCUUGUCAAUGCGAAUAUCCGCGAGAAUAUCCUGUUUGCCGCGCCAUAUAACCCGAAACGGUACCGAGAAGUCAUUGUCGCUUGCGCACUGGAGCGUGACCUGGAGAUUCUGGACCACGGUGACGAGACCCUGGUUGGAGAAAAGGGCAUCACGCUUUCCGGCGGUCAAAAACAGCGCAUCUCCCUGGCCCGCGCUCUCUACUCCAACUCGGCUCAUGUUCUGAUGGACGACUGCUUAAGUGCCGUCGACUCUCACACCGCUCAAUGGAUCUUCACCAACUGCAUACGCGGUCCGCUAAUGGGCAACAGAACGUGCAUUCUUGUCACGCACAAUGUGGCUCUCUGCGUCCCCGCGGCAGACUACGUCGUCUUCCUGGACAAUGGCCGGGUGGCCUGCCAGGGGUCCGCACAAGCCGUUGUCGCCUCCGGACUGUUGGGCGAAGAGAUCCAGAAGUCGCGCCCCGCUUCUUCGUCGGGCUCCCGGGCCGCUUCGCGAGUGCCUUCACGGGUGCCGUCGAGCGUUGGCGAGGAGGGGACCGUGGUCAACAGCAGCGGCGAUUCCCCAAAUGGCAGCACUGCUUCCAAGAAGGACAAGGUAAAAAAGCCUCAAGCGGAUGCCAUGGAUGAGAGCAAGGCGUCCGGUGCGGUCAAAUGGCCCGUGAUGAAGGUCUACAUGCGAUCCAUGGGACCCUGGUGGUUUUGGGUUCUGGCCGUCAUCGUCUUCAACCUCCAGCAACUGGCGACGGUCGCAACCAACGUCUGGGUGAGGCAGUGGGCGAACCAGUACGUCCGGGAAGAAACCGCGGUUGCCCUAGGUUCAUUGUCCCACUCUUAUGGCGCUGAGGCAUUCUCCAAGGGCUCCUGGGCCUCCAUCGCUCGCCUAGGUGGCAGCAGCACCAUUCCCGGCCCGUCCGCCGGGGCCAAGGCGGACUGGCAAAUGCCCCUGUCCGCACUGGCAAGCCCGUCUGUCAACGUCGCCUACUACCUGCUUGGGCUGGCCGUGAUUGGCGUUCUCGGUGCCUUUGCCGCCUUUGUCCGCGAUGUCUGGAUCUUCUACGGCUCUCUCACGGCGUCCAGGAAGCUGCAUGACCGGCUCAUAUGCGCCGUCACCCGAGCCAAGUUCAAGUUUUUCGACGUGACGCCGCUCGGUCAGCUGAUGAACCGGUUCAGCAAGGACCUCGAGGCGGUAGAUCAAGAAAUCGCCGCCACCGCCAUUGGCGUCAUGUCGUGCGCCUUGUCUCUUUUGAUCACCAUUGUGCUCAUAGCAUACAUCACGCCCGGAUUCUUGAUUGCUGCCGCCUUGAUCGCAGCCAUCUUCUACUUUGUGGCCGCGUUCUAUCUUCGCGCCUCGCGCGACCUGAAACGGCUCGAGUCUGUGCAGCGCAGCCCUCUGUUCCAGCAGUUUGGCGAGACGUUGAGUGGCAUGACCACGAUCCGAGCUUACGGCGACGAGCGGCGAUUUAUCCGCGACAACCUGGCCAAGGUCAACACGCAAAACCGGCCGUUUCUGUACUUGUGGGCCUGUAACAGAUGGCUCGCGUUCCGGGCCGACUUGCUGGGCAACAUGGUGUCUUUCUCGGCAGGGCUCUUCAUCAUUCUGAGUCUGGGCAAGAUCGACGCUGGCGCUGCGGGCAUCUCUCUGAGCUACGCCAUGAACUUUACCGAGAACGUGCUCUGGCUCGUACGGUUGUACGGGAUGAACGAACAAAACAUGAACGCGAUGGAGCGUGUCAAGGAGUACCUCGAGCUGGAACAGGAAGCCGAGCCUGUGGUGGAGAAGAACCGACCUCCCGAGUCGUGGCCGGACAAGGGAAACGUCGAGUUUGUCGACUACAGCACCCGUUAUCGGAAAGAUCUGGACCCGGUGCUCAAGAGCAUCAGCCUCAAGAUCAACGCCAGGGAGAAGGUGGGCAUUGUUGGGCGGACCGGUGCUGGCAAGAGUUCGUUGGCGCUGGCCAUCUUCCGGGCGCUCGAGGCUGAGAAGGGUCGGAUCCUGAUUGACGGCGUGACCAUUGGAGAGAUUGGCUUGCGUGACUUGCGGGAGAAAAUCACGAUUGUGCCCCAGGAUCCAACGCUGUUUACGGGGACGAUCCGCUCAAACCUCGACCCCUUUGACCAGUACACGGAUGACGAGGUGUUUGAGGCGCUUCGCCGGGUUCAGCUCAUCGAACCGGGCGAAUCUUGGACCAGCUCGGCUACGCCGGCAAACGCGGCCACGCCGGGAUCAAAAGCGACGAGCUCCCCGGCGCCUUCCGUGAUGACGAACAAGAACGUCUUCUUGGACCUGUCGUCGCCAGUGGCCGAGUCGGGCUCGAACCUAUCCCAGGGCCAACGACAGCUGCUGUGCCUGGCACGAGCCAUGCUCAAGAAGCCGACUCUGCUGGUGAUGGACGAGGCCACGGCAUCCAUCGACUACAACACGGACGCCAAGAUUCAAGGAACGAUCCGCGAGCUCACAGGCACCGUCAUCACGAUCGCCCAUCGCUUGCAAACGAUUGCGGACUACGACAAGGUGCUGGUCCUGGACCACGGGGAGGUGAAGCAGUUUGGACAUCCGUGGGAACUCAUCAGAGACCAAGAGGGGCAGUUUUACAGCAUGUGCGAGAUGAGCGGCGAGCUCGACGUGCUGGUCAAGACGGCGAAGAAGAAGUGGGACGAGGAUAAGCUCGUGGAUGUGAGCGACUCCUGA